AUGUCUUUAAAGCGUAUUACUAAAGAAUUGAACGACUUAGGAAGAGAUCCACCAACUUCAUGUUCCGCUGGCCCUGUUGGUGAUGACUUAUACCAUUGGCAAGCUUCCAUUAUGGGUCCACCAGAUUCUCCAUAUGCUGGUGGUGUUUUUUUUUUAUCCAUUCAUUUUCCAACGGAUUAUCCUUUUAAGCCACCAAAGAUUUCCUUUACUACUAAGAUAUAUCACCCAAAUAUUAAUGCCAAUGGUAACAUUUGUCUAGAUAUCUUGAAAGAUCAAUGGUCGCCUGCUUUGACCAUUUCUAAGGUGUUGCUAUCUAUUUGUUCUUUAUUAACAGAUGCUAAUCCAGAUGAUCCAUUAGUUCCAGAAAUUGCACAUAUUUACAAAACAGAUAGAGCUAAAUAUGAAGCUACUGCGAAAGAAUGGACUAAGAAAUAUGCUGUGUAA